GGGCGGGGUUAUGUAAGGCGGCGAUUACCGGGCCCGGGGCGCGGCGCGAUGGGAGCAGCCAGCAGCGGGCCCGGGCCGGCCCCGGUGCGACCCCCCAAGGGCCGGGGCGUGGGGCCGUGGGUACGGGCGCUGCUGCGCCGCGCCGGGUCGGGACCGGGACCGGGACCGGGACCGGGGCUCGCCCUGGCCGCCGAGGAGCCGCCGCUGCCCGCUUGGCCGCUGCCGCAGCUCGUCUCGCUCUUCCUGCCGGAGUUCCCCGUCCGCCCCUCCGGCCGCCAGCAGCAGCUCAAGAUCCUGGGCUUGGUGGCCAAAGGCUCCUUCGGGACCAUCCUGAAAGUGCUGGACUGCGGGCGGGAGAAGGUCUGCGCCGUCAAGGUCAUGCCCAAAGUGGAGGUGCUGCGCCGCGACACCCUGAAGCAGUGCAAGGAAGAAGUCAGCAUCCAGAGACAGGUCAGGCACCCAUUUGUCCACGGCCUGGGGGACAGCUGGCAGGGCCAGCGCCACCUCUUCAUCAUGUGCACCUACUGCAGCACCGGGGACCUGCACGCGCUGUGGCGCGCCGCCGGGCGCUUCGCCGAGGCCACCGUCCGCCUGUUCGCCGCCGAGCUGGUGCUGGUGCUGGUGUAUCUCCAUGACCUGGGCAUCGUGCACAGAGAUGUGAAGAUGGAGAACAUCCUCCUGGAUGAGAGAGGGCACCUCAAACUCGCCGACUUCGGCCUCUCCCGGCACCUGCGGUGGGGCGAGCGGGCCCACACCAUCUGCGGCACCCUGCAGUACAUGGCCCCAGAGGUGCUGAGCGGGGGCCCCUACAGCCACGCGGCUGACUGGUGGUCCCUGGGAGUCCUGCUCUUCGCCCUGGCCAGCGGGGAGUUCCCAGUGGCACCAGCGGGGGACCACAUGGCCAUGCUGGAGCGCGUCAACCGGAGCAGCUACACGAGCCCCCCUGCGCUCAGCCCCGCGCUGGCCCGGCUGCUGGCCGAGCUGCUGUGCCAUAACCCCCUGCGCCGCCUGCGCUACCUCCACCACUUCCAGGACCACCCUUUCUUCCGGGGGGUGACCUUCGACGCCGACCUCCUGCAGAAGGACCCAGUGGCUGUGGCCGUGGCCCCGCGCCCCCCCGCACCCCCCGCUCCCACCCCAGACCCCUCCACCUUCGACGACUUCGACUGCGACCUCACCACCACGGCCCCCCCGGACUGCCCCUGGCCCGGCUGAGCUGCUGCCACCACCGGACCCCUCGCAUCGCUCAGGGACCCCCCCAGACCCCCCCGGCAGCGGCUGGGCCCCCGGUGGCUGCCCCCAGCGCUGUGCAUCUCCCCACGGGAGC